GUGGCAUUACUUUGAUGCGUCACGAACCGUUUAUCAAGAUAUCGUGUUUUUUUUUUCUUCCCAAAACACUUUAUAAAAGCGCGUGAUUCGUAUAUAGUAAGCGUCCGGCUUUUAAAGGAAAACGAAGAUUAAAAAAAAAAAAAAAAAACAAUAACUAUGCAUUAUUACAUCUAAAAACAGGCAUCCUCGAUGGGCCCCCGGAACACGUGAUCUCCCAUGGAGCGGGGGGAUUGAGCGGUUGCUGCCGGGUUAAGAGAGAGAGAGCGAGCAAGCUUCUUUAAAAAACUAAAAAAAAAACUAUUACUAUCAAAUAAGCUAACCAUGGAUGACGAAGAGGAGACAUACAGGCUGUGGAAAAUCAGGAAAACCAUCAUGCAGCUGUGUCACGACCGGGGCUACCUGGUGACGCAGGACGAAUUGGACCAGACGCUGGAGGAGUUUAAGAACCAGUUCGGGGAUAAACCCAGCGAGGGGCGGCCCCGGAGAACCGACCUCACUGUGCUGGUGGCUCACAACGACGACCCCACAGACCAGAUGUUUGUCUUUUUUCCAGAGGAGCCCAAGGUUGGGAUCAAGACCAUCAAGAUGUACUGUCAGAGGAUGCAGGAGGAGAACAUCACCCGAGCCUGCAUCGUGGUGCAGAUGGGAAUGACACCAUCCGCCAAACAGUCGCUGGUUGACAUGGCACCCAAGUACAUCCUAGAGCAGUUUCUACAGCAGGAGCUGCUUAUUAACAUCACAGAACACGAGCUGGUUCCAGAGCACAUCGUGAUGACAAAGGAAGAGGUGACAGAGCUGCUGGGUCGAUAUAAACUGAAGGAGAGCCAGCUCCCUCGUAUCCAGGCGGGGGACCCAGUGGCGCGGUACUUUGGGCUAAAGCGAGGGCAGGUGGUGAAGAUCAUUCGACCCAGUGAGACAGCUGGGAGGUACAUCACCUACAGACUCGUGCAGUAGUGAAUAGCACGGUAAACGGCACGCCCGGCUCUUGUGUGCUAGAAGUAUCUAUUACCUGUAUAAGUAUACCACGAUGUCCCCAGAGUGUAGCAGUGAUACUAUUGUUUUGCUGUUUGGGUGCUACAGCUGCUGAUGCAGAGAAGCUUACAUCAUCCUUUAGACUUUGAAGACAGCGCCGGAUUGAUCCCAAUAAUGGCCCCUCAGUUAGUUCUAUAACUGACGUGCAGUAUUGUAUUUACUCGUUUCCUUGCGUAUUAAUUUAUUUUUUUUUUCCAAUAAAAUUGGACUAUAAAAUA